CUGUAGCUCUGGGGGAAACCCCAGUGCCUAGAAUUGAUCUUCUAGCAAAGGGAGGCUCUUUUUGAUCAGUUUGUGGUUCUUUAUGCGGCUGUUGUUUUGAAGGAAUCCCUUGAAGGUGGAGUAGAGACCCUCGCCUCCUCCCUCCUGCUCCGGGGCAGGGGGAUACCCCUGAGGAACGUCAGCUGAAAGGAGAUCACAGUGAAGAGCAACAUCGGUGUAUUCUGAUCUCUACUGCAUGUGAGAGGGUUGUAGGAGACAGGAAGUGGUGGUGUUAAUGGAUUCGCUGUUGUCUUUGUGCCCGCUCUUGUUAAGUUAGAUGUUUCCAUUGAGUUCCUUUUUUUUUUUUUUAAACACUCUUUACAUGUGUCUCUGUAUUUGAGGAGCAAAGUUGAGGGUUGGGAGGAGCCUCAGUAUCGGAGUGAAUAAGGAAUGCUGGCUGCCCUUUGUUGUUCUCAUAUGGUCAUGCAGCACACACGUUAAUACAGACUUCCAUGUGUGCACAAACAUGUGCAUCCACAUGCUUCAGCACCCUAGAGACCUCCUCUAACAGGCACUCACAUGCACCCCUCACCCCUGCACUCUAACACACACAGGCACAGCCCCAUGCAUACACAUAACUCACUAACAUACACGUGUGUGUCCUCCAGGCAGGCAGAGCACCAUAUAAACAGGCUUUGGAACAUGCUAACACACACUCCGGCACUCUCUGACACCCCUGCACACUCCCUCACAUUCACGUCCAGGCACACUCAUAUGUUGACAUGCAAAUCCUUUGGCCUCUACUAGUAUGUUAUUGGGUGACAGGACUUUCACAGGGCCUCUUAAGGGACAGUAGAGGGAAAGUGUCCGAGGAGGCCAGCCCAGGAGCAUCCAGUCUUGGUAGGCUAUGGUACUUCUUAGCAGAGAAUCACGGGCGAUUACAGGAAGGGGAGUAGGCAGGAAUAAGUCAGACAAUCAGGUGUUGUGGGAGGAGGGGUAAAGAUAGCGAUCUGGAAGGUAGAGGGCUGAAUUACCAUUGCGGGGUCACCGCUCCCUAGUAUCCAUCAGUGGGGAGGGGGGAGAGGUGGGGUAGCAAGGAGCUACUUUAGUGUGGGUUAUGCAGCAUUUGAAAGCAUUCCUGUUGCCUUGCAGAGCCCUGGAGCUCAGCGGUCUGCAUAGGUGAUGCUGUUGCAUUCAGUGACAUUUGGGGGCGGACACAGAUGCCCAUGAUGGAGGCUGAGGAAGAUGCAAACACCCCAUCUGAGGAUGAACCCAAGAGCAAGGCUCGUGACUGCCUGCGCUAUGCACCCCUCUGGAUAGUCCUUGUGCUGUUGGCUGGAGCUGGAGUGCUGACCUGGUAUUUCCUAGACUACAGACCACGACACUUGGAAUCAACCGUCCUGCAGUUUUACUCCGGCAGCCUCCGGAUCCUCAAUUGUCAGUACUCCCUGGACCUUGGACGGCCAGAAUCCAGAGCCUUCUGGACUGAGUCAGCAAAGCUACAGAAGAUGCUGAGGGAACUUAUUCAUGUCACGGACCUGGAUCCAUAUUACAACUCCAGCACAGUAUAUGCCUUCGGGGAGGGGUCCCUGACCUUCUUCUUCUGGUUCGCCCUUCAAGUCCCCGAGAGUCAGCACAAGGAGAUGACUGCUGAGAGGGUGAACAUGACUCUCUGCAGAGAGCUUCUCGCCAGCGCCAACAGUACAAGCCGCCUCUCCUACCAGACAGAGUACAAGGUUGAUCCAGACUCUCUGGUUCUGCUGGAAUCCAGUGUGAAAGACAUAGUAGUGCUGAAGUCCACUCUGGGUUGCUACAGGUACAGCCACAUCAGGGCGGAGGAAGUUCUCAGGCUGAAGGGCCCUGACUACUUGGCCUCCAGUUGUCUUUGGCACCUCCGUGGUCCCAAAGGCCACAUGAUCAAACUACGUCUGGAGUGGACCCUCCCGGAGUGCAGGGACCGGCUGGCCAUGUAUGAUGCAGCCGGGCCACUGGAGAACCGUCUCAUCACCUCAUUCUAUGGCUGCAGCCGUCAGGAGCCCAUGGUGGAAGUCCUUUCUUCGGGCCAAGUCAUGUCUGUGGUAUGGAAGAAAGCGAUGUACAGCUACUACGAUCCUUUCAUCCUCACCACCCAGGCUGUGCCCUCUGAAGACUGCCAGGUGAAUCUAACACUGCAGGGAGGCCUGGAACUGCAGGGGAAGAUCAACACUCCACACUACCCGAGCUACUACUCGCCCAACACACAGUGCACCUGGCUCAUGAUGGUCCCAUCUCUUGACUACGGAGUUGUCCUGUGGUUCGAUGCCUACACGCUGAGGAGACAGAAGUAUGAUCUGCCAUGUACUCAAGGCCAGUGGAUUAUUCAGAACAGAAGGUUGUGUGGCCUGCGGACCCUGCAAGCCUACGCCGAGCGAAUUCCUGUUGUGUCCUCUGCCGGCAUCACCAUCAGCUUCACCUCUCAGAUUUCCCUAACUGGACCCGGAGUGCAGGCUGCCUACAGCCUCUAUAACCAAUCCGAUCCCUGUCCCGGGGAGUUCCUCUGUUCUGUCAAUGGACUGUGCGUCCCAGCCUGUGACGGGAUUAAAGACUGCCCCAAUGGACUGGAUGAGAGAAACUGUGUGUGCUCAGCGAAGUUCCAGUGUCAGGAGGACAGCACUUGCAUAGAGUUCACCAAGGUCUGCGACCAACACCUGGACUGCGUCAACGGGAGCGACGAGGAGCAGUGCAAUGAAGGAGUCCCCUGCGGGCCUUUCACUUACCAGUGUGCAGACAGGAGCUGUGUGAAGAAACCCAACCCUCAGUGCGACUCCGCCACUGACUGCAAGGACUCGUCUGAUGAGAAGCACUGUGAUUGUGGAUGGCAGGCCCCUCUGAACCGGAUUGUGGGUGGCGCCAAUUCCGUAGAAGGGGAGUGGCCGUGGCAGGCUAGCCUGCAGGUCCGCGGGAGCCAUAUUUGCGGUGGAACGCUGAUUGCCGAUCGGUGGGUGGUCUCGGCGGCUCACUGCUUCCAGGAUGACAGUAGAUUGGCUUCCCCGUCCAUCUGGACUGUCUACCUGGGCAAGUACUUUCAGAACGUCAGCAGCCAGAAUGAGGUGUCCUUCAAGGUGAGCCGCCUCCUCCUGCACCCAUACUAUGAGGAGGACAGCCACGACUACGACGUGGCCCUGCUCCAGCUUGACCACCCAGUUAUCAACUCGCCCUUCAUUCAGCCCAUCUGCUUGCCCACCCACUCCCACCUCUUUGAACCUGGCCUCCGUUGCUGGAUCACUGGAUGGGGGGCUCUCAAGGAAGGAGGGCAACUGAGUAACAUCCUGCAGAAGGUGGAUGUGCAGCUGAUCCAGCAGGACAUCUGCAGCGAGGCCUAUCACUACCAGAUAUCUCCCAGAAUGCUCUGUGCCGGCUACCGCAAGGGCAAGAAGGAUGCCUGCCAGGGUGAUUCCGGAGGUCCCCUCGUCUGCAAGGAGCCCAGUGGCAGGUGGUUCCUGGCUGGCCUGGUGAGCUGGGGACUGGGUUGCGCACGUCCAGAUAAUUACGGGGUCUACACCAGGAUCACCAGGGUGCUAGGCUGGAUGAAACAGACAAUGAGCUGAGGGAUGUCCCCCUGUGCCUUCCUCACUAGGCACAGGCUGCUCUGUUACCUGUUCCUGACCUUGAUCACUUGUCUCCAGAGUGUUGGGAAAGACAGAGAUUAUGAUUUGGGAUGGAGGAAAGUAUAUCUGCCCCUGGGGGUAUGUGAGGACAUGUGGGAAGCCCCUCCACCCUCUCCAAGAAAUGCCCAGUCUUGUAUUAAGGCCAGGCACACAAAGGUCUCUGGUACAUUAAGGGGAGGGAGGAUGGAAAGCUGGGGGUUCUGAGCAGAUGCUUUCUGGACAGGAGAAUGGGGGAGAUGAACUUUACAUGAACUACAUAAUUCAUCCCCAGUCCCAACGCUGGAACAUUUGCUGCAAGAAAAAUCUGACUGAUGUAGAUAGAAAUGAGAUUCCAGUAACUGUGAUAUCAAUCUGUCUCUCUCUCCUUCCCUGCCAUUCAUUCUUCUCCUCCCCACACUUCCCCCCACCACGCCUCCUCCUCUCCCAUCUCUAUAAUUGCUUCUUUCCUUAGCUAGAGGGUGUAGUUAGGUUCAACUGGGCAAUUAUUUGUCUAUUAGAGCCUCCAAGACAUGAUCCAUCACUUUUCCCAAGUACAUGUCACUGCCUCAGUGCUGUAAUUUCAACAUCAUUUUAUGCUGCAAUUGGACUCCCUCCAGGCAGAAUUCUUGGCCACUGAGUACAUAACAUCUGUGCAACCUCCUACCCGCUCCCUUGAAUUCAUUUAAUACCUUUAAUACAAAAGAUCUUCCUUCACUUCCAUCCUCUGUUGCCAGCAAAGUGAGGGGAGAAGGCAGCAAGCAAAGUAUUUUAGAUGGUGAUGGCUAUGUAUUUAUGAAGAAAUAUUAUGGGCCAAUGUCUGGAAUUGGGAAUAAAAAGCAUUAUUUUUUUGC